AUGGAGAUUGGGUUUCUGGGUUUGGGUAUCAUGGGAAAGGCCAUGUCAUUGAAUCUACUGAAACAUGGAUUUAAAGUUACUGUGUGGAACCGGACACUUUCCAAGUGUGAUGAACUUGUGGAGCAUGGAGCUUCAGUGUGUGAGACUCCAGCUCAAGUUGUUUUCGAUAAAUAUGGUGUUUUGGAGGAAAUCUGUGAAGGAAAAGGCUACAUCGACAUGUCAACAGUUGAUGCAGAGACUUCCUUAAAGAUCAAUCAGGCAACCACCGGGAAAGGUGGUAGAUUUGUAGAGGGUCUGGUUUCAGGUAGCAAGAAGCCGGCAGAAGAUGGACAGCUCAUCAUACUUGCUGCUGGCGACAAGUCCCUUUUCGAUGUAUCGAUCCCAGCUUUUGACGUAUUGGGGAAGAAGUCUUUUUACUUGGGACAAGUUGGGAACGGAGCUAAGAUGAAACUAGUAGUCAACAUGGUCAUGGGAAGGUGA